UUUAAUGUCUCAAUAUGACUUAAUAAUUGAAAAACUUACUACCAAUUUAGGAUGCUUAUUCGAAAUGGAAGAAAAAUAAAAUGAUAAAAAAACGAAACUAUUUGCAUUUUCUCUAUCUGAUUAAUCUUAAUAUAAAUGGCUAGAAGAUGAAUUAUCAAACCAAGCCUAAAUAUAAAAAACUAAAUUGCUUAGACAUUAUCAAAAAAUCUUAGAUUUACAUAAAAAAUACUAUCUGUUUGAAUAUGUCGAAGGAAAAACAAUUUAAUCAGUAAUUCAUACUUAGAGAGUUAAAUAAGAAUCAAUACCAUUAGAAACAAUAAAUAAUUAUCUAACAAAGUUGUUGGAAGCCCUAUUUUAUUUACACAAAAUGGAUAUUUUAGGGCGAGUCUUUUCAAUUGGUAAUAUUAUUGAAAAUCAAAAUAACAUUACAUUAAUGGAUUUUGGUUUUGCACCUGAAAUAUUACAAAAUUCAUUAGAUAUAUUAGCUCCUCCAGAAAUCAUAUCAAAAAUUGUUGACAAUAGUAAAAUAUUAAUAUUAUUUUCAAGGUAAAAGAGGAGAAUACGGAAUUGAGAUAGAUGCAUGGUUAUUAGGAGCAUUUCUAUUUAAUCUUGUUAAAUUAUAUCCAAUUAACUCUUAUUAAGUAGAUAAUAGAAUAAAAGAAUUCAAAUACUCAUAAAUAAGAGAAUAUCAUCAAUUUCUUCAAUAAUAAAUGAAGAAUUCUAAAAAUAUUAAAGCAAACUCAUCAAGAUAUCCUUUAUAAUUAACUGAAUUUAUUGAAUCCUUAUUAAAAUACGAUUAUAAGGAAAGAAUAUCAUUUUCAGAGAUAUAUUAAUCUGAAUAUAUUAAAUCCCUUAAACUCGAAAAGAAUGAGGAAUAUUUAUCUUUUUAUGAAAAUCUAAAUUUGAAUGAAAUAAAAAAAAAGAUUUAACUUAGAGAUGGGGUUUCAUAAGAUGAUCUUAUAUAUUCUGGUUAAUUAACAUCAAUUGAAGUUCGAUUUCCAAAGUAAUCUUUUAAUCUAAUAUUUAUUAGCAUUCCUAAAAUUUAAAUUUAAAGUGUAGUUCCAAAUAUGGAAGAUGAAGAAUAUCAUCAAAAUAUAUUUCAACAACCUAAAAAUAGUAGCUUUUUGGAAUUACCAUUUAUGAUAUAAAAUAACAAUAAAGUAGAUUAAUUUAUAAAUAAUAGGAUUAAAAAUUUGCUAAACUUAUAUAAAUUAUAAAUAUGGAAUAGUUCAGAUAUUUUAUCUUGAUAAAUACUGCAAAUGAUGUUGUAACUUUGUUGUCUAAUAAAUAAUUUGGAUUAGAACUUGCAGUUAAUUAUUUUUUGAAAAAAAUGGGAUAUCUGAUUUUACAUGAAAUGAUAGCAAAACUUAAUGAAAAAAAAUGUCCUUGGACUUAUAGUUAAGCAGAAUGGUAAGAAUUUUAAAUCAUUGAUGUUAAAAAAACUUUAAUAUCAGAAAUUACCUAAACUAUUUAAAAUGAUUUAAAAGAACUUAAAAUUUUAUUUGAUAAAUGUUAUAAUGAUAUAAUUAAAAAUGAAAAACUUGAUGAAAUUAUAAGGAAUACAUUAAAAUAAGAUUAAUCUCAUUAUUAAAGCAAUAAAAAUCCAGAAACUAACAUUUUUGGAUGCACUUCAAAUGAAUUUUUAAAAAGUGGUUACAGAAAUAUGACUUAACACUUAUAUAAUUUUUUAGUUUUGAAUGUUCAAUUUGAUGAUAUCAGAACUAAACAAUACAGCCUUUUAUUAAAAACUGUUUUAUGUCAUUUGAUAAAUCGGAUAUUCAGCUAUGAUUAACUAAAUACUCAAUUCAAAAAUAUAAGACCUUUAUUAUAUUCCUAUGAUAUAGCUCCAGAGGAUAUUUUUUAAUUUAUUGAAUCUAAGAAUAAUGAUGAAUUAAAAAUUAAUGAGAUUUAACAUUUAGUAAAUAAAUAUUUUUAAUGA